GUCCUCGAAGGCUAUUUCGGGGCUACUAUUAGGAGAUGGCUAGAAGUCUUUGAGAUCAUUUUGGUUGGUCGCGAUUGAGGAUUCUGUGUAGUCGGCAGUGUGAGCGGUGGGGUGGAGCUAGUGAUGGUUUGGGGGUUCAGUGAUGGGGGCGGGGCAUCCGUUUUGGUUGUCAGUGGCGAAGGUCUCUCCUGUCAGUGAUGGGGUUCGCUGAGGUUUUGUGGUAUCUCUGGGGARCCCCUGGACCAGAUCUUCCUCAGACUCCAGGUCACCUCUUCCCAACAGCUCUACUUGAAUUCACAAAGGACCAUUAAGUCUUUGACUCCUGAGAGAACAAGAGUUGCAACCCAGUGUGGCCAUGCCAACUAAUUGGAUUUCACCUCAGAAACCUACAACUCUGKCUCCAGAGGAUCAUGACAGCUCAUAUGAGGCCCCUAAGGUCACAGAGCCAUCCCCGGAUUUUGAAAAGGGAUCAGUGUCCUUCAGGGAUGUGACUAUAGAUUUCAGCAGAGAGGAAUGGCAGCAUCUGGAUCCUGCUCAGAGAAACCUCUACCGGGAUGUGAUGCAGGAGACCUACAGCCACCUGCUCUCAGUAGGGUAUCAAGUUCCUGAGUCAGAGGUUUUCAUGGUGGAACAAGGACAGGAGCCGUGGGCACUGCAGGGUGAGAACCCACACCAGAGCUGUCCAGAAGAAUUGCAACAGAUUGGUGAUCAGAUAGUCACCUAUCAUCAAACAGGAAGUAAAUCAAUAAAUGAUACUGCUUUCAUCAAGAAAAUAUGGACUACAAAGAGUCAUCAUGAGUAUGAAGGCAUUACAGAAAUUAUCCACAUUAGCCCAAACAUUAUUCCCCCCUCCAAAAGACCCCACCAGUGUGGCUCAUUUGGGAAUGUCUUUAAACAUAAUUUAGAUUUAUACAGUCAUUAUAGAAGUAAUACAUCCAAUAGCAUUAAAAAGAUGACUGAAUGUAGUAAAAUUUCUUCCUAUACUGAUGACCAUGAGUAUACUCUAAUAGGAGAGAAAUUAUGGAACCAUAAUCAAAGUAGAACAAAUCUCAGUUAUAAACAAGUACCCUCUCGAUAUCAGAAAAUUCAUACGGGAGAGAAAUCCUAUGACUGUGCAGAAUUUGGAAAGAUCUUCACCCAUAAAUCACAGCUCAAGGUACAUAUGAGAGUUCAUACAGGAGAAAAACUCUAUGUAUGUAUUGAAUGUGGCAAGGCUUUUGUGCAUAAGCCAGAAUUCAUCACACAUCAAAAAACCCAUACUAGAGAAAAGCCCUAUAAAUGCAAUGAAUGUGGAAAGUCCUUUUUCCAAGUGUCUUCUCUCUUCAGGCAUCAUAGAAUUCACACUGGAGAGAAACUCUAUGAAUGCAGUGAAUGUGGGAAAGGCUUCUCUUAUAACUCAGAUCUCAGUAUACAUCAGAAAAUUCAUACUGGAGAGAGACACCAUGAGUGUGGUGACUGUGGCAAAGCAUUUACACAAAAGUCCACACUCAAGAUGCAUCAGAAAAUUCAUACAGGAGAGAGAUCCUACAUAUGUAUUGAAUGUGGACAGGCCUUCAUCCAGAAGACACACUUGGUUGCACACCGAAGAAUUCAUACUGGAGAAAAGCCAUAUGAAUGCAGUUACUGUGGGAAAGCCUUCAUUUCCAAGUCUCAACUCCAGGUACAUCAACGAAUUCACACAAGAGUAAAGCCCUAUUCAUGUACUGAAUAUGGGAAGGUCUUCAACAAUAGUUCUAACCUCGUUGCAAAUAAGAAAGUUCAAAUUAGAGAGAAAUCAUCCAUAUGUGCUGAAUGUGGGAAGGCCUUUACUUACAGGUCAGAGUUAAUUAUUCAUCAGAGAAUUCACACUGGAGAGAAACCCUAUGAAUGUGGUGACUGUGGAAAAGCCUUUACUCAGAAGUCAGCACUCACAGUGCAUCAGAGAAUUCAUACAGGAGAAAAAUCCUAUGUGUGCACAAAGUGUGGGCUGGCCUUCAUCCAGAAGGCACACUUGAUUGCACAUCAAAUUAUUCAUACUGGAGAGAAACCUUAUAAAUGUGGUCACUGUGGGAAAUUCUUUACUUCCAAGUCACAACUGCAUGUGCAUAAACGAAUUCACACAGGAGAAAAACCUUACAUGUGCAAUAAAUGUGGGAAGGCAUUCACCAACAGGUCAAAUCUCAUCACACAUCAGAAAACUCAUACAGGAGAAAAGUCUUAUGUAUGUUCUAAAUGUGGAAAGGCCUUUACUCAGAGAUCAGACUUGAUAACACAUCAGAGAAUUCAUACCGGAGAGAAACCUUAUGAAUGCAGUACCUGUGGAAAAGCCUUCACCCAGAAGUCACACCUCAAUAUACACCAGAAAAUUCACACUGGAGAGAGGCAGUAUGAAUGCCAUGAAUGUGGGAAAGCCUUCAAUCAGAAAUCAAUACUCAUUGUGCAUCAGAAAAUUCAUACGGGGGAGAAACCCUAUGUAUGCACUGAAUGUGGAAGAGCCUUCAUCCGAAAGUCAAACUUCAUUACUCAUCAAAGAAUUCAUACAGGAGAGAAACCUUAUGAAUGCAGUGAUUGUGGGAAGUCCUUCACGUCCAAGUCUCAGCUGCUGGUACAUCAGCCAAUUCACACAGGCGAGAAACCCUAUGUGUGUGGUGAAUGUGGAAAGGCCUUUAGUGGCAGGUCAAAUCUCAGUAAACACCAAAAAACCCACACAGGAGAGAAGCCUUACAUCUGUUCUGAAUGUGGGAAGACCUUCAGACAGAAGUCAGAGUUGAUUACACAUCACAGAAUUCAUACUGGAGAGAAACCUUAUGAAUGCAGUGACUGUGGGAAAUCUUUCACUAAGAAAUCUCAGCUCCAAGUGCAUCAGCGAAUUCACACAGGCGAAAAGCCUUAUGUGUGUGCUGAAUGUGGCAAAGCCUUUACUGACAGGUCAAAUUUGAAUAAACACCAAACAACACACACUGGAGACAAGCCCUACAAGUGUAAAACAUAUGAAUGUGAAGAAUGUGGCCAGGCUUUUAGUUUGCAAUCAAGCCUUACUGGUCAUAAGAGAAUUCAUACUGGGGAAAAAACUUUUAAGUGUAAAGAAUAUGAAAAGGCAUUUAGAUGUCAUUCACAUCUUAGUUUUCAUAAGCGAAUUCAUACUGGUGAAAAGUCUUAUGGAUGUAAGGAAUGUGGGAAGGCAUUUAGUUGUGGCUCAGGACUUAUUCGACAUCAGAGAAUUCAUACUGGUGAAAAGCCCUAUGAAUGUAAUGAUUGUAGUAAGGCCUUUACUUGUGGCUCAGACCUCACUCGACAUCAGAGGAUUCAUACUGGUGAAAAACCCUACAAAUGUAAUGAGUGCAGAAAGGCCUUUAGCCAGCCAUCCCAUCUUAUUAAACAUCAUAGAAUUCACACUGGCGAAAAACCUUAUGAAUGUAAGGAAUGUGGGAAAACUUUUACUUGUGGCUCACACCUAAGUCAACAUCAGAAAGUUCAUACUGGUGAGAAAUCACUUCAGUGUAAGGAAUGUGGGAAAUCCUUUAGUUCUCGCUCAAAUCAUCGUCAACAUCAGUUAAUUCACACUAGUGAGAAACUAUGUGAGGACAAGGAAUGUGGGAAGUUCUCUCUUUCUGUUUCAGCUGUUACUCAAUAUCAGACUAUUCACAAUGAUAAGAAAAAAUAUGAAUGUAAAGAAUGUGGCAAAACUUUUAGUUUACGUUCCAGUCUCAGUGGUCACAAGAGAAUUCAUAGUGGGGAGAAGCCUUUAAAAUGUAAGGAAUGUGGGAAGGCCUUUAGGUUUCACUCACAACUUAGUAUCCAUAAACGAAUUCAUACUGGUGAGAAAUCAUAUAAAUGUAAAGAAUGUGGGAAGGCCUUUAGUUGUGGCUCAGACCUUACUCGACACUGGAGAAUUCAUACUGGUGAAAAGCCCUAUGAAUGUCAUGAAUGCAGAAAGGCCUUUAAUCAGCGAUCGCAUCUUAUUAGCCAUCAGAUAAUUCACAUGAGUGGAAAACCUUUUGAAUGUAAAGAAUGUGGGAAAAAUUUUGCUCGUAUUUCACACUUAAUUCAACAUCAGAGGAUUCAUACUGGUGAAAAACCUUAUGAGUGUAAAGACUGUAGAAAGGCCUUCACGUGUGGCUCAGACCUUACUCGCCAUCAAAGAAUUCAUACUGGUGAAAAGCCCUAUCAAUGUAAAGAAUGCAGAAAGUCCUUUAGUCAGCAUUCACAUCUUAUUAACCAUCAGAGAAUUCACACUGGUGAAAAACCUUAUGAAUGUAAGGAGUGUGGGAAAGAUUUUACUCGUCGUGCAUACCUAACUCGACAUCAGAAAAUUCAUACUAAUGAGAAAUUUGGGGAGAAACCAUUAAAAUGUAAGGAAUGUGGGAAAGCCUUUAGAUUUCAUUCACAACUUAGUGUCCACAAGCGAGUUCAUACUGGUGAGAAAUCCUAUGAAUGUAAAGAAUGUGGGAAGGCCUUUAGCUCUGGCUCAGAUCUUAUUCGUCAUCACAGAAUUCAUACAGGUGAAAAGCCCUAUGAAUGUACUCACUGUGGAAAAGCCUUUAGUCAAAGAUCACAUCUCAUUAAACAUCAAAGAAUUCACAAUGGUGCAAAACCAUAUGAAUGUAAGGACUGUAGGAAAGCAUUUACUCUUGAGUCACACCUAGCUCAACAUCAGAAAAUUCAUAUUGGUGCUUUGUGGCACCUCUAUUCUAGGGACAUUCCCUCAGCUGAUGAGAGAACUAUGUGGCUCAACCUCUGUCAGUCUAUUUCCUCCACUACCUGGCGGAACUGUAGAGAGGAGGCUGAGGGACCCUGGAAUCCAGAAAUGAAAUCAGUUACCUUUGAGGAUGUCGCUCUGAGCUUUUCUGUAGAGGAGUGGGCUUUGCUGGAUCCUUUCCAAAAGAAGCUCUACAGAGAUGUAAUGUGGGAAACCUUGAGGAACCUGGCCUCUAUAGAAAUCAAAUGAAACACAGACUCUGAACAUAAAUAGGUAAUAAAAACGUAGAAAAAUAUUCAAUAGUACUAUAGAUUCUAUGGUAAACAAGAAAACUUCCUUGAGUAAAAAGCUGGUCAAAGUAAUUUGUUUGGAGAAGUCCUCAUUGGUCAUUCAYGUGUUAAUGUUCCUUUCAGAGCUCA